CUCUGCACAACCCAAGCAGACCAACUUUGGGACUUUGAAUGAACAUAUUUACAUCCACCUUUCUCUUCAUGUCGACUUUUCUGGAAACAUUUACACGGAUGCCAUGGUUACUCCUACCACGAUCUUACAGGUGAACAAGGUGAUGUCCAUCUUGUUUUAUGUGAUAUUUCUCACUUAUCUUCGUGGCAUCCAGUCUACCAACAUGGAUCAAAGGAGUUUGCCAGAAGAUUCAAUAAAUUCCCUUAUUAUGAAACUCAUUCAGGCAGACAUUUUGAAAAACAAGCUUUCUAAGCAGAUGGUAGAUAUUAAGGAGAACUAUCAAAACACAGUGCAGAAGGCAGACACUCAGCAAGAGAUGGGUGGAGACGAAAAUGUGAAAUCAGACUUCCAGCCAGUUAUCUCAAUGGAUACAGACCUCUUGAGGCAGCAGAAACGCUACAACUCUCCUCGAGUCCUCUUGAGCGACAACACGCCGCUGGAACCGCCGCCACUGUACCUCAUGGAGGAUUAUAUUGGGAAUUCUGUGGUGGUGAACAGAACGUCCCGGCGGAAAAGGUAUGCAGAGCAUAAAAGCCACCGAGGGGAAUAUUCCGUUUGUGACAGUGAAAGUUUAUGGGUCACGGACAAAUCGUCUGCGAUUGACAUUAGAGGACACCAGGUAACUGUGCUGGGAGAAAUUAAAACAGGCAACUCUCCAGUUAAGCAAUACUUUUACGAAACGAGGUGUAAAGAAGCCAAGCCUGUGAAAAACGGCUGCCGUGGCAUUGAUGACAAGCACUGGAACUCCCAAUGCAAGACAUCCCAGACAUACGUUAGAGCACUGACUUCAGAAAACAACAAACUGGUGGGCUGGAGGUGGAUAAGAAUAGACACCUCCUGCGUGUGCGCCUUGUCGAGGAAAAUAGGAAGAACAUAAAUCUGCAUCUCUUUGCUAUAUAAAUUAUUACUUUA